AGGGGUUGCAUUCAGUUCAUCUCAACGAUUGCUACGUUGCGUGAUGGUUUAUACUGAACAAGACGUUUCCCCAAAACGGUGCGUACCGUCCUUCAACAUCAUUUGAGGUACGUCUGCUACUCUUUGGUGGGUGUGGCCUGAUCAAUACGGGGGAUACCAUUUGAAAUCGCAAAACUCGUUCAGCAAGUUACAGUUAUAGCCGUUAUGUUGAAUCAAAGGUUGAACAUCGUGCUGUCUUACUGAACACACCCCUUGUGUCCGCGUUGUGGAUUUUUGGGUGGGUUUGCGAGCGCACAACCCGGACAAGCACCAAAAACGAGUUCCCCAUUCUGUGCUAGCCAGAUACAUGCAAGUUACUGUAGCCUCCACAAUCAUAGGCAAGGAUGACCGAAAGCUCCGCGAACAAGCCGGCCAAUGGACAAGUUUGUCACCGAGUAAAGAACGGAGUUAAACCGGGCAGAAACGGUUUCAUAAAAAACCAUCACCAUUACCAUCAUCAGCAGCCGAUGUACUGCUAUCCCGAGGACAAGGUGCAGCACACCGCGUGUAAUGGCAGCAACGGCCUGGGCCUGUACAGUCGUCCCUUCAUCGAGUCUUUUGAGGAAACGCCCAUGCUGGUGGCGGUCCUCACCUACAUGGGCUACGGCAUCCUCACCAUCUUCGGAUACCUCCGAGACUUCCUCCGGGACUGGAAGAUCGAGAGGUGUCACGUUGCCCGCGAGAGGGAGGAGCAGAGGGACUUUGUCCCACUUUACCAGGACUUUGAGAACUUUUACACCAGGAACUUAUACAUGCGCAUCCGUGACAGCUGGAACCGACCCAUCUGCAGUGUCCCGGGGGCCAAGGUGGACCUAGUGGAACGUGUGUCACCUGACUACAACUGGACCUUUGACUACACAGGCAAAGUGGUUGAAGGUGUAAUAAACAUGGGUUCCUAUAACUACCUGGGCUUUGCUGAGAACACGGGUUACUGUGCUGACGCGUCCGCUGAGGUCACCAUGAAGUACGGGGUGGGCGUGGCCAGCACCAGGCAGGAGAUGGGUAACUUAGACAGACAUGAGGAGAUGGAGGAGCUGGUUGCUAAAUUCCUGGGCGUGGAGUCGGCCAUGGCUUUCGGGAUGGGCUUCGCUACCAAUUCGAUGAACAUCCCUGCCCUUACUGGCAAGGGCUGUCUAAUCCUAAGUGAUGAGCUGAACCAUGCCUCUCUGGUCCUGGGAGCCAGGCUGUCUGGGUCCACCAUCCGUGUCUUCAAACACAACAACAUGCAAAGUCUGGAGAAGAUGUUGAGAGACGCCAUAGUCCACGGCCAGCCCAGAACACACAGGCCGUGGAAGAAGAUCCUCAUACUGGUGGAGGGUAUAUACAGUAUGGAAGGCAGUAUAGUACGUCUACCUGAAGUCAUAGCUCUGAAGAAGCGCUACAGGGCCUAUCUGUACCUGGACGAGGCCCACAGUAUUGGGGCUCUGGGGCCAGGGGGCCGAGGUGUGGUCGACUACUUUGGUCUGGACCCCCGAGACGUGGACGUCAUGAUGGGGACGUUCACCAAGAGCUUUGGUGCCGCUGGGGGCUACAUCGGAGGCAGGAAGGAGUUGUUGGAGUACCUGCGCUCCCACUCUCACAGUGCGGUGUACGCCGCGUCCAUGUCACCUCCUGUCGUGGAGCAGAUCAUCGCUUCUAUGAAGUGCAUUAUGGGGGAGGACGGGACGACGCUUGGUCGUGAUCGCGUGCAGCAGUUGGCAGAGAACACUUUGUAUUUCCGUAGGAGACUGACAGAGAUGGGCUUUAUCAUCUACGGAAACAACGACUCGCCCGUAGUUCCCAUGAUGCUCUACAUGCCGGCCAAGAUAGGGGCGUUUGGUAGAGAGAUGCUGAAGAGGAACAUCGGGGUGGUGGUGGUGGGCUUUCCAGCCACACCCAUCAUUGAGUCCAGAGCACGAUUCUGUAUCUCUGCCGCUCACACCAAAGACAUGCUCGACACGGCCCUGAGUGUGAUCAGUGAGGUAGGAGACCUGCUGCAGGUCAAGUACUCCAGACACAAGAGACUGCCCUCUCUGGACUGAGUCGUCGACCAUAGCAUCUACGACCAGAUACAAGACUGAACUGGACCACAGUGGUCUAGACCGGAUCGGACCAGAUUGGACUGGCAGUCUUCCACACCCAGAACCAAAAUGUGCUCGCCUUGAUGUCACAGAACCACUUUAUUCAUCUAACACAAGGUUUUAACUUUCACACGCCUGCCUUAUUUUACCAGCAAACUCACUGCAUCAUGGCGAAGAAGAAGAAAAAAACUCGGAAAACAUUUAUUUUUUCAAACGAUUAUUUCUUACCUCUGUUUUGUCUUAAAUAAUGAAAUGUUGGGUCUGCAUCUUAAUUUGUGGCAUUUUGUUUCUGGAGGAUUAGUAGACUGAGGACUGCUUAUGUGUGCUUGUAGCUGCUUUAUGUCAUGCCUAUGUCAUGUCAUCUCUGACUGUGUGUGUUUGGGAGAAACGGUGUGAUUUGUAAAGACCAACCUAAAUGUAGCUUACGAAGCUUUCGGAAGUAUUUAAACAUUUUGGAGGAGAGAUGGGGAGUUGAAGAAAAACAACAAGAAUAAUCAACACAAACAAACAAACUGAUUUCUAAAGGUCAUAAAACACACUGAGUUUCUGUUAGAAGUUUCCCUUAGGUACAGAUCUAGGACCAGCUUACCCUCCACAAAACCUAUCCUUACCCAUUGGGGUUGAAAUGUGUAACUGACCUUAGCACAGUGUCAAGGGGCAAUGUUAUCCUACUCUACUCAGUGAUGGUAUUGCUAUGAAGUACAGUUUAGGAGUGCUUUGAGAUGCAUGUUUGGUGUAACCGACUCCUGGAGCUAAACUUUGCUGUUCUAACUUGCAGCCAGGAACCGUGUCUUACUUGAAUCUCUAACUACGUUCUCUUUCCAAAGUAUUUAUGAUUUUUAUUUACAGAUGACUAUAUCUCAUAACAGGUCAGAGUGAGAGACGUUGUACCAAGGCCUUUACUUCCAGAUGAGCUAUGAGCACAUCACUCCUCCUCGCUCGUAUCCACUAGCCCUUGGUUCCAGGCUGUUUCAGCUGUAGAUCCUAACCACAGAUCUAGGAUCAGAUUAUUCUAUCCCGAUCCUAACGUUAUCAUUAGGUGGAUGAACAACUAUAUGACCCAGUAGCGGUGGUUUGGGGGAAAACUCCACCCACUCCAGUAGAAAAAGUCUGGUAUCCAGGGAAAUGGAUCUAUCAGAUGGGGGGGGGAGCAGACUUAGUCAAGACAGACUUAGUCUUAACCAAACGUGUGUGUGACAGAGAGAGUUGUUUAAUGUACAGAUUUAUUUAUUCAUUGUUUCCAUGGUUUUUUUUUUUUUCAAUUUGGAAAAAAUGUAACAUUUUAUCACUGGCAGCUCUGAAGCCAUGUCCUGCAUGCACAUACCUUUACACCUCUCUGACUGAUCACAUGCCCUCAGUGCAAUCACUACUGAUGUGUAUUUUAUCGUUUGGCACACCUUAGCGCUGCAUGCACAGUAUGACAUAGUCACUGACGCUGCUAGUACACCAUGAAACAAGGUGCUCAACUGUACACACUACCUACAUACAACACUCCUUCCUGUGGCUUUGUUUUAGUUUUUAAAUACAACCUGAACUCAUUCCAAAAUUACUGAUUUUAUUGUAUGAAAUUGAUAUAUCUUUGAAGACAAGGACAUGUUCUGUUUGUGUUAAAAAAAUAAAAAUAAAAAUCUUUCUUUGAGAGUUUAUUAAUAUAAGUGACCUGCAAAGAGCUGGAGGAGAGACAUUUAAGAUCAUUGAAAAUAUUGAAUAUAGAGAACUAAAUAGAUUUUCAUUCAUUUUUCUUACUGUACAAAGAACUCUCACAAUGACAAAUGAUUUGACUCAUUCAGCUAGCUAUUUUUUUGUUUCCUCAAAGGCAAAAAGUUAGAAGUAAAUCUGCACUGGAUGUGUGUAAAAAUGUCUUUUGUAUAUUUCUAUUUUUCUUGUUUGCACAAAGAGAAAUACAACAUGAUACUGAUGUGGUGUCAAAGUCUUAACGUCAAACUUCUUAAGAUUUAAACACUGUCCUUAUGCCUCAUCUGUGGAUGACCUGUCUCUUGGGUGAGAUACAGGGUGUGAGUGGCCAUUCAACUGCUUUAAAAAAAAAAUACAUGUAUGUGUUCUAACAUAACUUGGAUGUGCUACAAAUAGUGCAUAAUAAUAGCUGUACUUUUUUUGGAUCAAAGAAAAAUGCAGUGUUUGCUACAUAUCAGUGGAUGACCUAUUUGUACCUGUUUCACUCAUGUUACGGACAUCAAAAUGUCAUUAAAAUAAUGUAACAACG